AUGUCCGAAAUCGACACACCGCAGGUCAUGCAAGCCAGCACGUCGGCCGCUCAAAAUGGCGAGAAGAAGCCGCGGAAGCGUUUCGUUGGCGCUAAGCCUGGGGCGCGCGGGGGUGUGCGACGGGUUGCGAACCAGGUGCCAGACGAGAUUCUUAAUGACCCAGCGCUCAAGGCUGCGAUGGCAGCCCUCCCCCAAAACUACAACUUUGAAAUCCCCAAGACGAUCCACCACGUCCGGCGGGAGGGUGUGCGCACCGUCGCCCUCCAGAUGCCCGAAGGUCUCAUGAUGUACGGCACAGCCAUCGCGGACAUUAUCGAGCGCUUCACCGGUGCCCUUCCGUUACUUCUCGCCGACGUGACGUACGGCGCGUGUUGUAUUGAUGACUUUACUGCGCGCGAAAUGGGUGCCGAGAUGAUUGUGCAUUACGGCCACAGCUGUCUCAUUCCGGUCAACCAGACCUCGAUCAAGACGUUGUACGUGUUCGUCGAAAUUGCGAUCGACGCCGCGCACUUGGCACUAAGUGUGCGGCGUAACUUUCCCAGUUCAAGGGCUGCUUUCGAGAGGGUUAUUUUAGGGGCGGGCGAGUCGGAGCCUGGUGCCAAAGUGGACAUUUCACUCGAAGGAGAGGAUAUGAGUGCGUCUGAAGACGCGCCAACCCGCCUAGCGCUGGUCGGCACCAUCCAGUUCGUGGCGGCCGUGCAGGCACUUAAAGAGGCGCUGUCGUCUGCCCUCCCGCCUCUCGAUACCGCCCAAGAUGCCGGCGACGACGCAUUGGCCAAAGUCGCCCUCGGCGAGAUUGGCGUCUGGCGCGGCAUGUACGAUAUCUCCGUCCCCCAAGUCCGGCCACUUAGUCCCGGCGAGAUCCUGGGCUGUACCGCCCCGAAACUGGGUAAUGUCGACGCACUCAUCUACGUCGGCGACGGCCGCUUCCACCUCGAGAGCAUCAUGAUUGCCAACCCUGCCGUUCCGGCAUUCCGGUACGAUCCGUAUUCGAAGAAGUUUACGCGCGAGGGAUACGAGCAUGCCGAAAUGCGUGGUCUGCGUGGUGACGCGGUACGUACUGCCCGCCAAAACCUCGAGAGUAGGGGGAGCGGGAGCUGGGCCGUGCUCCUCGGCACACUUGGGCGACAGGGCAGCCUCAGCGUCCUUGAGAACGUACAGGGUGGCGCGCGGGCUGCGGGCGGAAAUGGAAACGGAGAGGAAGAGGGAGAGACACCACUUCUUGUGCUCUUGAGCGAACUUUCGCCUCAAAAGCUCGCCCUGUUCUCCGAGGACGAGAUUAGCACCUUUGUCCAGACCUCGUGUCCCCGGUUGUCUAUUGAUUGGGGGUACGCUUUCUCCCGGCCCCUUCUUAGUCCGUACGAGGCUAGCGUCGCUAGUGGACGCGUGGCGGGUUGGGAAGGGGUUGAGGUGGCGGGCGCAAAGGGGACGGGCGACUACCCGAUGGACUUUUACGCCGACGCGUCUCUCGGUCCUUGGACGCCGCGGCACCGGCCGCCGCGCGAGCCCAAGCCUCUUCGUGAAUCGAGGGUGGCGUAG